AUGGAUCCCAUCAACACCCACAUCCCGUCGUCGCUUUCCGCUGCAGCUCCCCUGUCAGCAUCAUCGUCCACUGCUACGGGCCAUGGAUCUCAUGGAUAUCCCUCGCCGCCUGCAACAGCGCUCGAUGUGUCAUCCGAGUCUGAGGACGAGGGGGGCAGAGGACGAUCCAAGAUUGCCCUGCUGUCGGACCCAACCGCCGCUCUGGACCAUCACCAUAUCGACCCUGCCGCCUCGCCAGACGUCGUCAAGUCGGGCCGCAGACAGGCGAACAGCGCCGCGCACAAGACGAAUGAUGGCGUGCCGAAACUCACGGCUGCUGAGAUGCAGGAACUCGCAGGCUCGCCGGACUCGUUGCCAGUUGCGCCAGCCCCGCCACGUCGUUCCACUGAGCAGGAGGAAAUGGCAGCCAAGUCUGCCGAGCAACACGAACUACUCUGGCAACGUAUCCAGAGCCGCUUUCCAGACUCAAGAAGAUUAGAUCAGCUUCAAAUAAACGGAACGGCAGUCGAAUCACCUCCUGGGUCAGCAUUCGCUGGGGCCUGGCCCAGGCAAGAGGGCACUCGAGGACCAUACUCGCAACGAACUGUGUCGACGCCGCCGACGUCUCGGGCUCAGCAAUAUGUUUCAGGAAGUGCCUCGCAGCCUACGUCCCCUAGGCGAUCUUCUCACAACCCCCUGAUUCGACCUGCGAAGCUGAACUUGGAUGGGCAAGCGGCCACGGGUGGCUAUCUCAACGGGCAUUCACCGUCGCCGGUCUUGGCGACAAGCCAAGCAGCCACAAGCAGACAGCAGCCUUCGGCAGAUGCUGCUCCUUGUCAAGGAUAUAGUGGCAUCGGUCCCAGCCCGCCAUCACCAAUUCCGUCCAUAAUUCCCCUCCCGCCCAUGUCGCUUCCCACACACCUGCAGCUGGAACUUGCAGUCCAGAGACCAAGUCCACUGCAUAUUCACCGAUCUCAUGUGAAUGAUAUGCCGUACGAGUCGUAUGCCGUCAAAGUCGAAAGGUUGAAGAAUGUUUUACUACUUCCCUCGUACCUGGAGCGGACCUUGUAUUUUGGUGCCCUGGCGUGUCUUGAUGCGUGGCUGUACACCUUUACCAUUCUUCCCAUGCGAUUCUUCAUAGCGUUUGGUGUCUUGACAAAGUGGUGGGGAUAUGUGAUAUCCAAGGAGGUGAGAUGGCUCUUUGGAUAUGUGCGAGACGGGCUGGGCAGACUAUGGAAGCGUGGCCGAGCGAGCCAAUCCCGCAGACCUAGCGAUGUCUCUGACCGAGACGGUUCGCGAAGUCGCAGCCGUGUGAGGGAGCUGUUGAAUGACGAAGGAGGUGUUUGUGCCGCUGCCACAGCCCCCCGGGAUCGAUCUCGUAACACGAGAACGGACCUGCACGUCGACAGCGUCGAGUUGCCCAAAACAUGCUCUUUCAAUCAUAGACAUACUGUGCCCAAGUCGGGCGCUCUUGGGCACAAAAGAGCAAAGUCGAUUCCUUCAAGCUUAUCAGCAUUUCACAAAGCAGAUUUACUACAGGGAGCCGUCAUCAUCUGUAGCUCAUUUGCUCUGAUGACUCUCGAUGCCAGCCGCAUGUACCACUUUAUUCGCGCGCAAUCUGCCAUCAAGCUCUACGUCAUAUACAAUAUCCUCGAAGUUGGCGACCGACUUCUCUCAGCCCUCGGCCAGGACAUUCUAGAAUGUCUGUUCAGCAACGAAACCCUGUCUCGCGACCCCUCUGGCCGAUCCAAGAUUCUGUUGCCGCUUGGCAUGUUUAUCCUCGCACUCGUGUACAAUUGUCUACACUCCAUUGCACUCUACUACCAGGUCAUCACGCUCAACGUCGCGGUCAACUCAUACUCCAAUGCUCUCCUCACCCUCCUGCUAUCCAACCAAUUCGUCGAGAUCAAGAGCACCGUCUUCAAACGCUUCGACAAGGACAACCUCUUCCAGCUGACUUGCGCAGACAUCGUAGAGCGUUUCCACCUUUGGGUCAUGCUGCUCAUCAUCGGCAUGCGCAACAUUGUGGAAGUAGGUGCCUUCUCUGUCCCUGGAGCGGGUUUCGACUCGACACAUGACGAUGGCUCGAGUGCCGUGCCGUUGCACCCGCCGUCGAUUCUGCCGCACAGUUUCACAGUGCUGCCGUCGUGGUUGAAGUCGGGCGAGGCGCUGUCGCCUUUUCUGAUUGUUGUUGGAAGCGAGAUGCUGGUUGAUGCCAUCAAACACGCCUACGUGACCAAGUUUAACAACAUCAAGCCCAACUUUUACGGGAGGACGUUGGACAUUCUUUGCAAGGACUACUACACCAACGCCUUCGUCACCCCCUCGCUCACGCGGAGACUCGGCCUGGCCGUCAUCCCGCUCUCGUGCCUGUUCAUCCGUGCCUCCAUCCAAACCUACCACAUGUUCCUGGCCACCCAUGUGCCCAUGCCCGUGCCGCCAUCCACGCAGACCUCCCUAUCCGAAGAAUCAGCCGUGCCGUCGUCGCCGGCCAUGAUCGCCGCGCUGAGUCGCUUCGACGCCCUGAUCCGCGAUUCCCUCGGCCGCGCCACGUACGGCUACCCCUACGGCUCGCCACUCAACUCCCGUCCCUGGUACUCGUGGACAUCGGAUGAUUUGAUCGCCGCGUUAACAAUGGUGGUCGUCUUCUUCAUCGCCUUUCUCGUCCUUUUGAUACUCAAACUCCUCCUCGGCAUGGUCCUCCUCCAAUACUCGCGAAACAGGUACGCCAAGAUGAAGCACAAAGAAACCAUGGUCGCCAUGGGCAAGGCCGAACGGGAGUCGUACGACGCCGCGGGCAGACGCGUCGGCGGAAGAGGCGACGUGGAAGUCACGGACGACAAGGCCCGGUGGAUCCACGCCGACAAGUCGGAGGGGUUGAGGAACGGCAAGGGGCCCGGGGGCAACAAGGGCGAUGGCGAUGGCGGCGGCGGCAACAAGCCCGACGGCGAUUACAUGGGUGUCGCGAGGUACGAGAUGGUUGCCAAGAGGAUAUGGUAG